GCACUCGGCGGUUGUUCCAGAAGAAGAAGACAGCGAUGGCGGCAGAGCCUUCGAAGCCUGGGCCUUCCCGGUCUGCCUACCAGCGGAUGGGGAGGAAGAGUCAGCACUGGGGUGUCGCUGAAAUCCAGUGCACCAGCUGUGGAAGGAGGGUAUCCAGAGCAUCCGGUCACCACUGUGAACUUCAAUGUGGACAUGCUUUUUGUGAACUAUGCUUGUUAAUGACUGAAGAAUGCACCACAAUUGUAUGCCCUGAUUGUGAGGUUGCUACAGCUGUAAAUACUAGACAAGGCUGCUAUCCAGUGGCUGGAUAUGUUAAAGAAGACUCCGUAAUGGAAAAACGGCAGCCUAAAACGAUAAAGAAUUGUUCUCAGGACUUUAAGAAGACUGCUGAUCAGCUAACUACUGGUUUAGAACGUUCAGCCUCCACACCCAGGACUGUUUUGAACUCAUCAUCUGUAAUGUUGGACACUAACACUGCAGAAGAAAUUGAUGAAGCGUUGAAUACAGCACAUCAUAAUUUUGAACAAUUAAGCAUUGCUGGAAAAACGCUUGAACACAUGCAGAAGCAAACAAUAGAGGAGAGAGAAAGAGUUACAGAAGUUGUGGAGAAACAGUUUGACCAACUUUUGGCUUUUUUUGAUGCCAGGAAAAAGAACCUGUGUGAAGAAUUUGCAAGAACUACUGAUGAUUAUCUAUCAAAUUUAAUAAAGGCUAAAAGCUACAUUGAAGAGAAAAAAAACAAUCUGAAUGCAGCUAUGAACAUAGCAAGAGCAUUACAAUUAUCACCUUCUCUGAGAACAUGCUGUGACCUGAAGCAGAUUAUCCAGACUUUGAAGUUAACAUCAGAUAGUGAAUUAGCACAAGUUAGUUCUCCACAACUAAGGAACCCUCCCAGGUUGAGUGUGAAUUGCAAUGAGAUCAUCUGUAUGUUCAACAAUAUGGGAAAGAUUGAAUUUGGGGACUCAGCAAAAUGUUAUCCCCAAGAAAAUGAAAUUCGACAGAAUAUUCAAAAGAAAUAUAAUAACAAAAAGGGACUUUCUUGUUACGAUACAUACCCACCACUAGAAAAGAAAAAGGCCGACGUGUCUGUGGUAGCCGAUGAAGCACCACCAGCUCCUUUGCAACCUGAGACAGAUGAUGUACAUUUAGAAACAAAAAUCUUCCAGCCACAGAAAGACGUCGUUGCAACAGCAACCCCUAAAACCAUUGCUGUGUUACCUCAGAUGGGAUCUAGCCCUGAUGUGAUAAUUGAAGAAAUUAUUGAAGACAACAUGGAAAGUUCUGCAGAGCUAGUUUUUGUAAGCCACGUAAUAGAUCCUUGCCAUUUCUACAUUCGGAAGUAUUCACAAAUCAAAGACGCAAAAGUACUGGAGAAGAAGGUGAAUGAAUUUUGCAAUAGGAGUUCACACCUUGAUCCUUCAGACAUUUUGGAACUAGGUGCAAGAAUAUUUGUCAACAGUAUUAAAAAUGCAAUGUGGUGUCGAGGAACUAUCACAGAAUUAAUUCCAAUAGAGGGUAAAAAUACCAGAAAACCUUGUAGCCCAACCAGAUUAUUUGUCCAUGAAGUUGCACUAAUACAAAUAUUCAUGGUAGAUUUUGGAAAUUCUGAAGUCCUGAUUGUCACAGGAGUUGUUGAUACCCAUGUGAGACCGGACUCUGCUAAACAACAUAUUGCACUAAAUGAUUUGUGUCUGAUUCUAAGGAAAUCUGAACCAUAUAUUGAAGGGCUGCUAAAAGACAUCCAGCCGUUAGCACAGCCAUGCUCAUUGAAAGACAUUGUUCCACAGAAUUCGAAUGAAGGCUGGGAAGAGGAAGCUAAAGUGGAAUUUUUGAAAAUGGUUAAUAACAAGGCUGUUUCAAUGAAAGUUUUUAGAGAAGAAGAUGGUGUGCUUAUUGUAGAUCUGCAAAAACCACCACCAAAUAAAAUAAGCAGUGAUAUGCCUGUGUCUCUUAGAGAUGCACUAGUUUUUAUGGAACUAGCAAAGUUUAAGUCACAAUCACUAAGAAGUCACUUUGAAAAAAAUACUACUUUACACUAUCAUCCACCUAUUUUGCCUAAAGAAAUGACAGAUGUUUCAGUAACGGUUUGUCAUAUAAAUAGUCCUGGAGAUUUCUAUCUUCAGUUGAUAGAGGGCCUGGAUUUUUUAUUUAUGUUAAAGACAGUCGAGGAAUUCUAUAAAAAUGAAGCUGGAGAAAAUCUGGAAAUCCUCUGUCCAGUUCAAGAUCAAGUCUGUGUAGCUAAAUUCGAAGAUGGAAUUUGGUACCGAGCAAAAGUUACCGGAUUGCCUGGACAUCAGGAAGUUGAAGUUAAAUAUGUGGACUUUGGUAAUACUGCAAAAAUAACAAUUAAAGACGUGCGUAAAAUAAAGAAUGAGUUUCUGACUGCCCCAGAGAAGGCAAUUAAAUGUAAGUUGGCCUAUAUUGAACCAUAUAAGAGGACAAUGCAGUGGUCCAAAGAAGCUAAAGAAAAAUUUGAAGACAAGGCUCAAGAUAAAUUUAUGACAUGUUCAAUUAUCAAAAUUCUGGAAGAUAAUGUGCUCUUAGUUGAGCUUUUUGAUUCUCUUGGUCCUCCUGAAAUGACAACUACCAGUAUUAAUGACCAGCUAGUCAAAGAGGGCCUAGCAUCUUAUGAAAUAGGAUACAUCCUGAAAGAUAAUUCUCAAAAGCAUAUUGAAGUUUGGGAUCCUUCUCCAGAAGAAAUUAUUUCAAAUGAAGUACACAACUUAAACCCUGUGUCUGCAAAAUCUCUACCUAAUGAGAAUUUUCAGUCACUUUAUAACAAGGAAUUGCCUGUGCAUAUCUGUAAUGUAAUAUCUCCUGAGAAGAUUUAUGUUCAGUGGUUGUUAACUGAAAACUUACUUAAUAGUUUAGAAGAAAAGAUGAUAGCUGCCUAUGAAAACUCAAAAUGGGAACCUGUUAAAUGGGAAAAUGAUAUGCACUGUGCUGUUAAGAUCCAAGAUAAAAAUCAGUGGCGAAGAGGCCAGAUCAUCAGAAUGGUUACAGACACAUUGGUAGAGGUCUUGCUGUAUGACGUGGGUGUUGAACUAGUAGUGAAUGUUGACUGUUUAAGAAAACUUCAAGAAAAUCUAAAGACAAUGGGAAGACUUUCUUUGGAAUGUUCUCUGGUAGACAUAAGACCAGCUGGUGGGAGUGACAAGUGGACAGCAACAGCUUGUGACUGCCUUUCAUUGUACCUGACUGGAGCUGUAGCGACUAUAAUCUUACAGGUGGAUAGUGAGGAAAACAACACAACAUGGCCAUUACCUGUGAAAAUUUUCUGCAGAGAUGAAAAAGGAGAGCGUGUUGAUGUUUCUAAAUAUUUGAUCAAAAAGGGUUUGGCUUUGAGAGAAAGGAGAAUUAAUAAAUUAGAUAACAGCCAUUCAUUAUCUGAGAAGUCUCUGGAAGUCCCCCUGGAACAAGAAGAUUCAGUAGUUACUAACUGUAUUAAAACUAACUUUGACCCUGACAAGAAAGCUGCUGACAUAAUCAGUGAACAGAAAGUAUCUGAAUUUCAGGAGGAAAUUCUAGAACCAAGAACCACUAGAGGGUAUAAACCACCAGCUAUUCCUAACAUGAAAGUAUUUGAGGCAACAGUCAGCUGUGUUGGUGAUGAUGGAACUAUAUUUGUGGUACCUAAACUAUCAGAAUUUGAGCUAAUCAAAAUGACAAAUGAAAUUCAAAGUAAUUUAAAAUGCCUUGGUCUUUUGGAGCCUUAUUUCUGGAAAAAAGGAGAAGCAUGUGCAGUAAGAGGAUCCGAUACUCUGUGGUAUCGUGGCAAGGUGAUGGAGGUUGUAGGUGGCGCCGUCAGAGUACAAUAUUUAGAUCAUGGAUUCACUGAAAAGAUUCCACAGUGCCAUCUUUACCCUAUUUUGCUGUAUCCUGAUAUACCCCAGUUCUGUAUUCCUUGUCAGCUCCAUAAUACCACACCUGUUGGGAAUGUCUGGCAACCAGAUGCAAUAGAAGUUCUUCAACACCUGCUUUCAAAGAGAGAGGUGGACGUUCACAUCAUGGAAUUACCUAAAAGUCCAUGGGAGAAAUUGUCUAUUCACCUCUAUUUUGAUGGAAUGUCACUUUCUUAUUUUAUGGCAUACUAUAAAUACUGUACUUCUGAACAUACUGAGGAGAUGUUGAAAGAAAAACCAAGAUCAGAUCAUGAUAAAAAGUAUGAAGAGGAACAGUGGGAAAUAAGGUUUGAGGAAUUGCUUUCGUCUGAAACAGACACUCCUCUUUUACCACCAUAUUUGUCUUCGUCUCUGCCUUCCCCAGGAGAACUCUGUGCUGUUCAAGUCAAGCACGUUGUCUCACCUAAUGAAGUAUAUAUUUGCCUUGAUUCUAUAGAAACUUAUAACCAGUCUAACCAGCAUAGUGACACAGAUGAUAGUGGAGUCAGCGGGGAAUUGGAAUCCGAGAGCCUUGAUGAAGCACUGCAGAGGGUUAAUAAGAAGGUAGAGGCACUUCCUCCUCUGACGGAUUUUAGAACAGAAAUGCCUUGCCUUGCAGAAUAUGAUGAUGGCUUAUGGUAUAGAGCGAAGAUUGUUUCCAUUAAAGAAUUUAAUCCUUUAUCUAUCCUAGUACAAUUUGUUGAUUAUGGAUCAACUGCAAAGCUGACAUUAAACAGACUGUGCCAGAUUCCUCCUCAUCUUAUGCGGUAUCCAGCUCGAGCCAUAAAGGUUCUCUUGGCAGGGUUUAAACCUCCCUUAAGGGAUCUAGGGGAGACAAGAAUACCAUAUUGUCCCAAAUGGAGUAUGGAGGCACUGUGGGCUAUGAUAGACUGUCUUCAAGGAAAACAGCUGUAUGCUGUGUCCAUGGCUCCGGCACCAGAACAGACAGUGACAUUAUAUGACGACGAGCAGCAUCCAGUUCAUAUGCCAUUAGUAGAAAUGGGGCUUGCAGAUAAAGAUGAAUAAGUGCCUAAGUGUAUACAGUGCAGAGCAUCUAUAGAAGCUUAGAAGAAAGUUUUCUGUUAUGUUUAGACUAUGUCUUACAUUUAGACUAUUUCAGGCUUAAUUUUCUUAACUUGUUCAGCAAUAGUGCUUUACCUCUCCUCAUUUUUACAUAUCGAGCUGUUAGGAAUUGUGUGGAAGAAAAGUUAAUAAAUGUUUGCUU